CGGUUCUGGUACCAGGGUCGUCAGUCCUGAUGCUGGACUCUGGGACCAUGAAGGACUCGUGUCGGAUCUGUGCUCGUGAACUCUGUGGGAACCAGCGCAGAUGGAUCUUCCACCCGACGUCCAAGCUGAACCUGCAGGUUCUGCUGUCCCAUGCCCUGGGCCGGGAGCUGACCCGGGACGGCCGCGGCGAGUUCGCCUGCUCCAAAUGCGCCUUCAUGCUGGACCGGAUGUACCGCUUCGACACGGUGAUUGCCCGGGUGGAGGCGCUGAGUCUGGAGCGGCUCCACAAGCUGCUGCUGGAGAAGGACCGCCUCCGCCAGUGCAUCGGUGGGCUGUACCGGAAGAACAACGCAGAGGACGGCGCCGCCCCCCUGGUGGGCGUGGUGGUGACGGAGGCAGAGUCAGAAGACUCUCAUGUGGUGGAUCUGUCUGCGCUGCAGGACGUCCGCUACUCGGACAUGGUCCAGGACGAUCUGGCGUACUCUGUGUACGAGUCGUGGGCAGAUAAGGAGGACCCGGCUCUGGACCAGAACCUCCACCUGCAGACCUGCCCUGGACCGGACCCCCUGUCUGGACACAAACCGCGGCGCUGCAGGGGCUGCGCGGCGCUCCGGGUGGCGGACUCAGACUACGAGGCCGUGUGUAAAGUUCCCCGUAGCGUCGGGAGGCGGAGCACGUCCUGCGGCCCGUCCACCCGGUACUCGGGCGGUCCUUCAGGGUCCGAGGCGGCCCCCGUCACCUGUGAGACCGAUAAGACCCUGUGCGACUUGAACCCCAGUCCGUCGUCGUCCGUGGAGUCUCUGGACACGGCCGUGGACGUGGGCUGCCUCAAGGACCGGGACGACCCAGGACCGGACCGAGGCCCAGAGGAGGCUCUGGGGCCAGGGGGUGUGGCCUGGAGCGACGCCCCAGCGGAGGGCUCCGUGUCUGGGCUGGAGCUGCUGCUGGGCCUGCUGCGGGGCUGGGACUACCAGCCUGUCAAACCGCACCGGGGCAGCAGGCUCCCGGUCCUGAUCAAAGCCAGACUGGACCCGGGUCUCACUCUGCCGCUGAGGCCUCCGUAUGGGGGGGGCGCAGACCGGGACCCGGACCCCCUCCGGGCCACGCCAGAGGUCGUGACCCCGUGUCCUCUGCAGGAGCUGGUGGACAUGGAGGAGCAGUGGACGGACGAGUACGUCCAGUGUGGACCGUUUCGGUUCCAGCAGCGGGUCGUAGAUGAACAGCAGAGUCGACUCAGUCGCUACGAAGACGCCGCCGCUCAGUGUGUGAACGAACUGAACCAGGCCCAGAACCAGGUCCGCUCGCUCCAGAACAAGAUCCGACUGAGCGAGACCCGGAACCAGAAGCUUCAGGAACGUCUGGGUGAGAUGGAGCUGGAACUCAGAUCAGCUCGAGAAGAAGCUCAACAACAAGAAAGAAACCUCCAGAACAUCAGCGACACCAUGAGGUCCAAAGAGGACGAGGCUGCAGAACUCUACAGGGUCAUUGAAGAACAGAACAGGAUGUUGUGUUCUCUCAGAGAACUGACCAAUCGCAGCCAAAUGCAGCAGCUCCAGGUCUCCGGGUCAGAGAGUCUUCGGGGUCAGGGUGAGGUCCUGGCCCUGCAGGCCUCUCUGUUCCAGGCCCAGCUGGAUCUGCAGGCGGGUCAGCGGGCCCAGAGACAGGCCUCCAGGACCCAGGAGGACCUGAACCGAGCCCUGCAGAGACUGGAGAAAGACCUGCAGGGGGCGCUGCAGCACCGCAGGGAGACCCAGAGACACAACCAGGAGCUGCAGAUGGCAUUGGAAAAGGCACGUUCAGAUCUGCAAGAGAGAGAGGAGCAGCUGAACGAGGCUGAGCGAGAGAGGAAGAGAGAGGAAGAGGAGAGAGAGACGAAGAUCAGAGAAAUGAAGACCAGUUUGGACCAAAAAGACCAGCUGAUCCAGGAGUACACUGAGCUGAUGGACGAACCCAAGGACAAGAGGGACGGACUACUGGUCAAACUAAGACAGAGGAUCAAGGACCGGGACCGGGCCCUGGAGAGAGCCGUGGAUGAGAAGUUCCGCUGUGUGGAGGAAAAGGACGAGCAGAUCCGUCAGCUUCAGCUUCUGCUCAGAGAGAAGGACCGAGACGUGGAGAGGCAACGCUGUGUCCUGACCAACAACCAGGAGACCAUCAGCAGUCUGGAGGUCCUGGUCCGGGGCAAGUCUCUAGAGCUGGACCAGGUGUGUGAGGCCUGGAGGAACGUCCAACAGCAGGGAGCGGAGUCAGAGGAGCACCACCGCCGAGACCUGAGGGAGAGGGACGCCAUCAUCAGCCAACUGCAGACAGCGCUGCAUGGACGCACACAGGAGGCACAGGACCUCCGCUGUUCCCUGCUCACUCAGGUCCAAUCAUCUCCCAGAGACGUCCUGGAGGAGCUGAAGGUCCGCCUCCAACUCAAGGACCGCCUCUUCCAGGAGGUUCUGGCGGACCGGACUCGUCAGGCCCAGGAGCACCAGGACCAGGUCCAGGAUCUGCUGAGAACCAUCAGUAGCAGAGACCAGUACAUCCAGGAGUCCAGCGGUCGUCUGGGUGAGGUGAUGGAGGAGCAGACGUCCAGGCUGCAGGAGCUCCGCCGACAGCUCAGCUCGGCUCCAGGACCCGGACCCGGACCCGGACCUGGAUCCGGACCGGGCUGGACCGUGGACCUGGACCUGGACCUGCAGGCGGUUCAGGAGGAGCUGCGUCUGGCUCUGAGGAGGAACCAGGAGAACCAGGACCUGAUCAGAACUCAGACCACCAGACUGGAGUCAAUGGGGCGGAGCCUGAGGGCCAAGGAUGACAUCAUCAGGGACCUCCAGAUCCAGACCGUCAACCCCCCUGACCUCCCCCUGGUCCAGCGUCUGACCCGGGAGCUCCUGGAGCUGAAGGAGAGCCUGGCCCAGCGGUACCAGGACCAGGACCGGCCCCUGACCCGAGGUCCGGUCCUGGGCCUGGACCUGGACCGGCCCAGCGGCGGAGGAGGAGGAGGAGGAGGUGGAGGACGGAGCUCAGACGAUGAAGACGAGGCCGAUGAAGAUCUGAACAGUGAGUUCACCGAUGAAGACGAGGCCUCGAGGAGACGAUCGUCCGUCGACACCAAGGGUUCUGGUCCAGACGGGUUCUUGGAGGACCCGGGUCUGCUGGAGGUCAAACAGCUGGUGGAGCAGAAGAGGGCGGUGGAGAGGGAGCUGAUGGAGCUGAAGGUCCAGCUAGAGAAGACCGGCUUCCACUCACUGUCUCAGAUCAGGAACGCUCUGUUCAGCCUCCGAGACGAGAACGAACGUCUGAAGGAGCAGCUGAGUGGAGAUAAACACAGAGAGGAGGAGGAGCAGGAGGAGGAGGAGGAGGAGCUGGAUGUGACCAUAGAAGGAGCUGAAGAGGAGGAGGAGGAAGGCUCAGAGCUGUGGGACACCUGGGACCACGAAGACCUGGACAUGUCUGAGAGAACCCAGAUGAAGAAGACCAGGCAGAUCCAGGUCGACGCCCACUUGGAUCCACCGACCAAUCGGCCGCAGAGUAAGACCGUUCACCUGCAGAAACAGAGGGCGGAGCUUGAGGAGAGGCUGAUGGUGUCUGAAGCGACGGUGCAAGUCCAGGCUGAACAGCUGAAGGACUACAGAGACCUGCUGAUGGAGUCGGCCGUUCAACAGGACAGUAAACAGAUCCAGGUGGACCUGCAGGACCUGGGAUAUGAGACCAGUGGGCGGAGCGAGAACGAAGCGGAGCGAGAAGACACCAGCAGCCCAGAGUUCGAUGACCUGGAGAUGUGUACGUCUCUGGACUGUGGUUCUAAUUGGUGGCCCGCCAACGGAAGCUCCUCCUCCUUCUCCAAAACAUCCGCCCACGGCUCCGCCUACGGGGGGGAGGAGGGCUCGUCCCUGCAGCGCCUGGUGGAGGACCUGCGCUCCCAGCUGACCCGGUCCCAGGCCGUGAUCCGGGGCCUCCGCACCCGCCUGCGCUCCAUCUCCACCUCCACUGACCUCGGAGGCUCCGCCCCCCGCAAGGUCAACUGGUCGGAGGACGACGAGGGCUGGCAGUCGUCGGACGGGGGCCGGACGGCGUCGCCUCGUCACCCGCGUCCGGACAAAAACCUGCAGGAGCUGGUGUCCAGGGUGGACGCUCUGGAGGACCAGCUGAGGAACGGAGGUGGGAAGGAGGUGGGCCAGGACGCCAGGGCGGCCACGUGGCCCGGUAAAUUCGGCGGUCUGAUCCAGUCCCAGGCCCGGGAGCUGUCCCACCUCCGCCAGCGGCUGAGGGAGGGCCGGGGGGUGUGUCACAUCCUCACCCAACAUCUGGGAGACACCACCAAGGCCUUCGAGGAGCUGCUGAGGGCCAACGACAUCGACUACUACAUGGGCCAGAGCUUCAGGGACCAGCUGGCCCAGAGCAGCGCCCUGGCCCACAGGGUCUACGCCAAGAUCAGCGCCAGAGAUCAUCCAGAAGAUCCAGAUGACAAGACGGAGCUGUUGGCCAUCAGGCUCAGUAAGGAGCUGCAGCAGAAGGACAAACUCAUCGACAGCCUUCGGGCCAAACUGAACCAGAACCGUCAUCAUCCUCAGCGCUCGGACACGCCCUGCAGCGGCCACGCCCUCUCCGACCAAUCGGAUCGCAUCUCCUACGUGUCCGACGAGCAGGGCUCCACCAAUGAGGACCUGGAGCUGGGUUCCGACGUGGAUGCCAACAGCGACCCGGGUCAAGAGGAAACCCGGACCCGGGGCGGCACCGGUCUGGGCUCCGUCAGUGCUUCAGUGUCUCCUCCUCCGUCUGUCCCUCCAUCCAUCGCCUCCUGUCUCAGCUGUCCCAUCAUGCAUUGCUCCACACCUCCUCCUCACCUCCCUGACCUCCACAGUCACAGUCUGACAGCUCCAGCCUCUUUCCGUCCUCCUCCUCCUCCAUCUUCGUCCUCCUGCCCCCGCCCUUCGACCUCACGACCCCGUUACCCUGGAAACGGGGGCGUGGGCUUCUCUCUGGCUGAGGUCCACCAGGAGCUGCAGACGUUACAGAGGCAGCUGGGCGUCGACCACAGGUUUCCAGUGUCUCAGUCCAAACCUCUUCCUGGUUUUCCCUUGUUGUCCCACCCUCCCUCAGACUCCUCUUUCCUCCCUCUGUCCUAUCCUGGUCUCCGGUCGUCCCCCUUCAGUGCUGAUGGUCUGGACCCGGUUCUGACCCUGAAGACCGGGACCAGCCUCCUGGAGAGCAGUGCACUGUGGGAUACGGCCUACACAAACAGACCCGUACGAGUCGGAGCUGAUCUGUCAUCAGGAUCGUCAGGAUACCAGUCGGGUCCGAGUCACACAGGUUCGGACCUGAUGAAGGAGCAUCUGAGGGAGAUCCGGACUCUGAGGCAAAGGUUGGAGGACUCCAUCCAGACCAACGACCGCCUCCGACUGCAGCUGGAGGACCAACUGGGCCGGACCGCCGCCAACAAAGGGGCUCCCACCAACAUCUACAUCCAGGGUCUGGACUCAAUGGGUCAACUCUCCAAUGAGAUCCGGAUCCUGAAGGAGGAGAACAUCAGUCUGCAAAACCGGAUCCAGCAGGCGACCAGAGAGGGCAGUAAGGAGGCGGAGCGUCUUCGGGAGGCGGCGCUCCUCGAUCAAGCCAGACUGAAGGAGGCGGAGCUAGAGGCAGAGAAGUGGGCGGAGCAGAGCAGGAAGGCGGCAGCGGAGGCGGACUCUCUGAGUCAGGAGGUGAUUCGCCUGAAACAGGAGCGACAGCGAAACGUGGACGCCAUCAACAGACUCCAACAUGAGGUGAACGUCCUCCAGCAGCAGCUGAAGCAGAGCCGAAGCCUGGGUCCGAAUCUGCAGCGACGCGUUCAGGGACAUCACGGAAUCCAGGACUCUGCUCAGAUCAGUGAUGACGCCGUGACCUUUGACCCCACAGAGCUGCAGCUUCAGCUGGAGCGGCAGCUGAAGCGGCAGACGGGCGGCGGUGGCGGCAGCGAGCCCCGAGCCAGAAGACAGCUGUUCAACGUUCGUUCUCCUCCGGUCAGAGACACCGGCCUGUCAGGACCAGAGGAGAGGACGCAAGAAGUCGAGGCGAUGCUGGAGGGCGACGCCCCUGACGGCUGCUUCUCGAACCGCCGUGGACGCCACGCGGUCGGACACGUGGACCACUUCAAGGCUCUGCAGCAGCAGAUUCUGGAGGGCGGAGCUGUGCUGAGGAACAUGGAGGCCACAGUCCAGACACUGGCCCCGCCCACACUGGCCCCGCCCACCCCACAUCAGUCUUCAGACUCAGUCAUGAAGCUUCGAUCCGAUUCUCAGACUCUGCGUCAGAUCCUCCAGGAGGCGGAGUCUCUGCUGCGGAUGUUCUGGAGAGCAGCUCUGCCCAGCGCCCAGGACGCCACACAGAACCGGACCCUGGAGGACCAGGUGGUCUCUCUGCGUCGGAGGCUUUUGGACUCAGAACAGGCUCUGAAAGAUGCCAUGGAGACGGUGAAGAACUCCAACAGAACCAAAGACAGCAUGGAGGCCUUUAUUGUCAGCCAGCUGUCCAGAACCCGGGACGUCCUGAGGACAGCUAAGACCAACCUGCAGGUGAAGACCCCAAACUCUUCUGUGAGCUCCUCCUCUCUCCUGGUUGGAGUGUCCUGACACCUCCUCCUGCUCCUCCAUCUUCCUCCUCCUCCUCCUCAGUGCUGGCUCAGUCUGCUCACCAGCGCCUCCUUCAGGCCGUCGUCCUGUAGACGUUUGUGUUUGAGGAUUUAAACAAACUCAGUUCAGAUGUUUCUGCAGACGAGGCUGGAGAAGGAGGACCACCUCAGACCUGAAGCAGGACCACCUUAGACCUGAACUAGGACCACCUCAUGGUCCUCAGACCCAAACUAGGACCACCUGAUGGUCUUCAGACCUAAACCAGUACCACCACAUGAUCCUCAGAGCUGAACCAGGAUCACCUGAUGGUCCUCAGACCUAAACCAGGACCACCUGAUGGUCCUCAGACCCAAACCAGGACCACCACAUGAUCCUCAGACCCGAACCAGGACCACCUGAUGGUCUUCAGACCCGAACCAGGACCACCUGGUGGUCCUCAGACCUGAACCAGGACCACUUGUUGGUCCUCAGACCCGAACCAGGACCACCUGAUGGUCCUCAGACCUGAACCAGGAUCAUCUGAUGGUCCUCAGACCUGACCAAGGACCACCUCAUGGUCCUCAGACCUGAACCAGGACCACCUGAUGGUCCUCAGACCCAAACCAGGGCCACCUGAUGGUCCCCUGACCUGAACCAGGACCACCUUGUGGUCCUCAGACCUGAACCAGGACCACCUGAUGGUCCUCAGACCUGAACCAGGACCACCACAUCGUCCUCAGACCCGAACCAGAACCACCUGAUGGUCCUCAGACCCGAACCAGGACCACCACAUGGUCCUCAGACCCAAACCAGGACCACCUGAUGGUCUUCAGACCCGAACCAGGACCACCUCAUGGUCCUCAGACCUGAUGGUCCUCAGACCUGAACCAGGACCGCCUGAUGGUCCUCAAACCUGAACCAGGACCACCUGUUGGUCCUCAGACCUGAUGGUCCUCAGACCUGAACCAGGACCACCUGUGGGUCCUCAGACCCUAAAUCCCAGGUAGUUUCUCCUGAAUCCCAGAUUAAAUGUCUCUGACUCCGCCUCUGACCCCGCCCCCACCUCCAGCCUCAUCCAAUAGAAACAAACGCUGACUCCACCUGAAGGAGGAUGAGU